GGGCGGGCGAGGGGGGAGCGACAUACUCGACUUAUUGCACUGUAGCCCCCGCGCGUGUGCACGACUGUAGACUAGACUGACUAUGACUUCGUUCCAGGACAUCUCCCCGGAUGUGGCGCCCGCGCUGCUGCCGGCGUACCGCGAGCUGCUGCCGGCGACAGCCGAGGAGGCUGCGGCGAAUCCGUCAGCAGAGUCGCUCGACCUGGCUGCGGAGCGGGCUCGGUCAUGGCUGCCUGUGGAAGAGCUGACGGCGAUUCUGGAGGGCGGCGAGGACAAGGUAGCGGCGAAGCAGGCGGCACGCAAGAUCCUGGAAGACUCGGGGCUGGCUGCGCUCAAGGCUGGCCUGCCCAAGUACUACGUGCCGCGCGCCGAGGCUGUGGCCAACGCACAUGCGCGACAGGCGGCGCUGCUGGAAGCUGCCGAGGGUGCCGGGCUGGAUGUGACAGAUCCCAAGGUGCUGUACGCACUUCGCGAGCACGUCCACGACGAGCUGCCGACGGACCUCCAGUGGGUCAUGUUCUCUCCCAACAUCGGAGUGCUCUUUGACGAGGAGCAGGUGGCCAAAUGGAAGCCGGCUGCAGACUCGUACGCGAUUCUCGGCGCGUACGCCCAGACCGAGCUCGGGCACGGCUCCAACGUCCGCGGGCUGCAGACGACGGCAACGUAUGAUCCGGAAACGGACGAGUUUGUGAUCGAGACGCCAGACCUGGCGGCGCUCAAGUGGUGGCCAGGAACGCUCGGCAAGACCGCCAACUACGCCGUGGUCUACGCGCGGCUGCUGUUGAACGGGACUGACCACGGCAUUCACAACUUUCUGGUUCCGCUCCGCGACCGCGAGACCCACGAGCUUCUCCCGGGAGUAUACACCGGCGACAUCGGGCCGAAGCUCGGGUACAACAUGCAGGACAACGGGUGGGCCGUUUUUAACAAGGUCCGUAUCCCUCGUGAAAACAUGGCGAUGAAGUACGCACGAGUGACGCGCGAGGGCGAGUACGAGCCGGCACGCGGAGCAUCGCGCAAGCUCCUCUACUCGUCGAUGCUCGGGGUGCGGGCUUUUAUUGUGGCGUCGUCGGGAACCGAGCUCUCUGCGGCGGUCACGAUUGCGCUGCGGUAUUCUGCGGUGCGGCGGCAGGGAUUUAAGGACGGGUCCGACUCUGAUGAGUAUGCCGUGAUCGAGUACCCGCUCCAGCAGUUCCGGCUCUUCCCGCUCCUGGCGGCUAGCUAUGUCUUCAAGUUUAUGGGGGCGACCAUCCACGAGCUCCACGAGGAGCUGCUUACGGCGAUCGAGGACAAUUCGAGUCUCGCGGUGCUGCCGGACUUGCACGCGACAUCGUCCGGGCUCAAGGCUGUGUGCUCGACCAUCAAGGCUGCUGGGAUUGAGGAGUGCCGGCUGGCGUGCGGCGGGCAUGGGUAUCUGCGUGCGUCGGGCUUUCCGGACCUCUACACCCACGGCGUGCACCACAACACGGUGGAAGGCGACAACUACAUGAUCACCGGGCAGACGACUAAGUACCUACUUAAGGUCUUUACUGCUGCGGCAACGGCCGGGUCUCCGGACAAGGCGCGCGAGGUGCUAGACUCGCUCUCGGCACGUUUUCAGUACCUGGGCGAGGCGCUGGCGCUGGCCGCCGACAAGCCCAGCCCGCGUGCGAGUGCAGCGACGACUAGCGAGUGGCGGAGGCCCGAGACGCUCGAGACCGCGUUUGGACACCGCGCCGCGUUCAAGCUCGCAUCGCUGGCGAGCCAGCUGCGAAAGGCAGUGGCCAGCGACGGGGUCUCGCAGGCGGAGGCGUGGCGGGUGGCCCUCAUCGAGGUCAACCAGGUGGCGUGGGCGCACUCGAUGUUUGUGCUUGUGCAGAACUACUUUGCGCGUGUGGCCGAGCUCAAGACGGAUGCGGCGGUGGCAAGCAUUCUCCGCGACCUCGGCGCGCUCUUUGCGCUCCACCAGAUGGAGACCCACAUCGGUGACUGGCUGGAGGAUGGGUACGUGAGCGCAGAGCAAGCCGGGCUGGUUCGGGGUGCAGUCCGCGAGCUCCUUGUCGAGCUUCGACCGCACACCAUCCGGCUUGUGGACGCCUUUGACCACUCGGACGAGAAGCUCGGCUCGGUGCUUGGGCGGUUUGACGGCGACGUGUACCGUGCACUCUUUGUGGCAUCGUCAUACUCGACGCUCAACAAGGACGAGCCGAGCAAGGUGUGGAAGGCGACGCUCAAGGACAUGAUGGAUGCUGGCGCGCGCCGGGUCGGCCCCGGCAUGCUGGCAUCGUCGCUGUGAGGCCAAUGUAACCAAUAAAGGUACUGUGGU